GCUCACAUCAUUCAGUGGCGCAUGCUUUACGGAGUUAUGUACCUCGCGCUGUCUUGCCCUCUGAACUGCCUGCCGUCAUGGAUUGCAAACCGCGCGCGAAACCACUAUUACUUUGUAUUUUUCUGUUCAUCUUGUCGUUUAUUUGCCCAGCACUUUUGAUCAUCCACCCGUCCAAUGAAGUGAACCUGUUGGACUCCAAAGCCAGCCAGGGGGAGCUGGGAUGGAUCUCCUACCCAUCACACGGGUGGGAGGAGAUCAGCGGAGUAGACGAGCACUACACUCCCAUCAGGACCUUCCAGGUGUGUAACGUGAUGGAGUACAGUCAGAACAACUGGCUGAGGACCAACUGGAUCCCCCGCCAGUCGGCCAAGAAGAUCUACGUGGAGCUAAAGUUCACCCUGAGAGACUGUAACUCCAUCCCCCUGGUCCUGGGGACCUGCAAGGAGACCUUCAACCUGCUGUACCUGGAGACGGAUGAGGACCAGGGCAGCCGCUUCAGAGAACACCAGUUCUCCAAGAUCGACACCAUCGCUGCAGAUGAGAGCUUCACUCAAAUGGACCUGGGGGACCGCAUUCUGAAGCUCAACACGGAGGUCCGGGAGGUGGGGCCUCUUACCAAGAAGGGCUUCUACCUGGCGUUCCAGGACGUGGGAGCGUGUGUGGCCCUGGUGUCAGUCAGGGUGUACUUUAAGCUGUGCCCGUUCAUCGUUAGGAACCUGGCCUCAUUCCCUGACACGGUGCCCAUGGACUCUCAUUCAUUGGUGGAGGUGAAGGGCUCGUGUGUCAAUCACUCCAAGGAGCAGGAGCCACCACGUAUGUACUGUAGUACAGAGGGAGAGUGGCUAGUGCCCAUAGGGAAGUGUCUGUGUAACGUCGGCUAUGAGGAGAGAGGGAGCUCCUGCCAAGCAUGCAGAGCAGGGUUCUAUAAGUCUCUGCUGGGUAACGUCCAGUGUUCUAAGUGUCCACCUCACAGCUUCACCCAUCAUGAGGGAGCUCUACACUGUGGCUGCGAGAAAAACUACUUCCGCGCUGAUGGAGACCCGCCAUCUACGGCCUGCACACGUCCUCCCUCAGCUCCUCGUAAUGUGAUCUCAGUCAUCAACGAGACCUCAGUGAUUCUGGACUGGUCCUGGCCGGAGGACACGGGAGGUCGUAAGGACGUUACCUUCACCGUGCUGUGUAAGCGCUGCAGGCCUGGCCAGAGGGUGUGUGAGGCAUGUCGCAGCAAUGUGCGGUUCCUCCCUCGCGCUGCGGGCCUGCAGAACACUACCGUUACCGUGGGAGACCUGCUGGCUCACACCAACUACACUUUCGAGAUUGAGGCUCAGAAUGGAGUGUCCCAGUUAGCCCCAACCAUGAGGCAAUAUGCUGCUGUGACCAUCACUACCAACCAAGCAGCCCCUUCUCCAGUGACUGUGAUCAGGAAGGAUCGUACGUCUCGUAACAGCAUCUCUCUGUCCUGGCUGGAACCAGAGAGACCCAACGGCAUCAUACUGGACUACGAGGUCAAAUACUACGAGAAGCAGGAGCAGGAGACCAGCUACACCAUCCUGCGCUCUAAGGGUUGUAACGUGACGUUAAGCGGUCUGAAGGCAGACACCUCCUACCUGCUCCAGAUCAGGGCCAGGACUGCAGCAGGAUAUGGAGCCAGCAGCAGGAGCUUUGAGUUCGAGACCAGCCCUGACUCAUUCUCUAUCUCCAGUGAGAGUAGUCAGGUGGUGUUGAUAGCCAUCUCCUCUGCUGCGGCCAUCAUCCUGCUCACUGUCCUACUCUACAUUGUGAUUGGCAGGUUCUGUGGCUACAGGAGGUCUAAACAUCCUGACGAGAAGAGACUGCACUUUGGCAAUGGACACUUGCGUCUGCCAGGUAUAAGGACCUACGUAGACCCUCACACCUAUGAAGACCCCAGUCAGGCCGUCCAUGAGUUUGCCAAGGAGCUGGAUGCUUCCUGUAUCGCCAUCGACAAGGUGGUGGGAGCAGCUCAGCCUAGCUCCAACCACAGCCCAGGUCAAUCUAGCUACAACCACAGCCCAGCUCAUCCUAGCUCCAACUACAGCCCAGCUCAGCCUAGCUCCAACCACAGCCCAGCUCAUCCUAGCUCCAACUACAGCCCAGCUCAGCCUAGCUCCAACCACAGCCCAGGUCAGUCUAGCUACAACCACAGCCCAGCUCAGCCUAGCUCCAACCACAGCCCAGCUCAUCCUAGCUCCAACUACAGCCCAGCUCAGCCUAGCUCCAACCACAGCCCAGGUCAGUCUAGCUACAACUACAGCCCAGCUCAGCCUAGCUCCAACCACAGCCCAGCUCAGCCUAGCUCCAACUACAGCCCAGCUCAGCCUAGCUCCAACAACAGCCCAGCUCAGCCUAGCUCCAACAACAGCCCAGGUCAGCCAAGCUUCAACAACAGCCCAGCUCAGCCUAGCUUCAACAACAGCCCAGGUCAGCCUAGCUCCAACUACAGCCCAGCUCAGCCUAGCUUCAACAACAGCCCAGCUCAGCCUAGCUCCAACUACAGCCCAGGUCAGCCUAACUCCAACAACAGCCUAGGUCAGCCUAGCUCCAACAACAGCCCAGCUCAGCCUAGCUCCAACAACAGCCCAGGUCAGCCUAGCUCCAACAACAGCCUAGGUCAGCCUAGCUCCAACAACAGCCCAGCUCAGCCUAGCUCCAACAACAGCCCAGCAAGCAGCGUGCUGCUCUCUUUAGACAGCCUGUAA